CAGUCGCCGUACCCGCAUCCGUUACUUCAUCCUUCAGUGUUCUAUCCGCCGCAUCAUCAUCCGUUUAACUCUCCGUACGGCUAUGCUGCCUAUGGACCAGGCUUCCCGGCCUACAUGAAGCCGCCGCCUCCAGCUGGUCCUCUCGAUCCUGCUGCCGUAAUGGCCGCCCAUCAUGCCGGUCUCCAGGGUCCGCCGCCACAGCAAGCCCGCCAGGAUGAACAGAAUGCGGCUGCUGCAGCGGCAGCGGCUGAGAAGCAACAUGCGGCAGCUGCAGCUGCAGCCCAGCAGCAACUUAAGGCUCCACAGCAGCAACAAGGCCCAGUACAGAACAAGCCGCCGACGCCAAAGACGCCGCAGGGUCCGACAGGGGUACCAGUCGGCAUGACUGGACCGGGAACUCCAACUGGCCUGCCGCCCGGAGCCUAUCCAGGAUCUCAUAUGCCUGGCUAUCCGCCAGGGCCGCCGCAUGGCUCUCCAUUUGCCCCGCAAGAUGGUCAGCCUCAUGGCCUGAAGCCCACUUCCCAUAUGGAUGCACUGCGGGCCCAUGCCCACUCGGCGAAUUCGGCUGGCCUUGGUGGUCAACAUCAUCCGACGGAGCCAUUGCCCAUUGACAUUGAGCCAGAUCCAGAGCCAGAGAUACCCAGUCCCACACAUAAUAUACCGCGAGGACCAAGUCCCGAAGCCAAACCCGAUGACACCGAAUGCCAUCGCUCCCAAUCAGCAAUAUUUGUGCGUCAUAUCGAUCGUGGAGAUUACAAUUCAUGUACGCGAACGGAUUUGAUCUUCAAGCCUGUGGCGGAUUCAAAAUUGGCUCGCAAACGAGAGGAACGCGAUCGCAAGUUGGCCGAAAAGGAGCGCGAAAGACGACAGCAGCAGCAACAACAACAGCAGCAACAGCAACAACAACAGGCGGCAGCAGCCCAACAGGCUGCCCAGCAGGCCAAACUCAAAGCGGAACUAAAGCCUCCAUAUGCCGAUACGCCGGCAUUGCGCCAAUUGUCGGAAUAUGCGCGUCCCCAUGUGGCAUUCAGUCCUGUUGAACAGAUGGUGCCAUAUCAUCAUCCAAUGGGCCCCAUGUACAGAGAGAGAGAAUUGGAGAAUGCCCAAGCAGCUGCUGCGAGUCAAUCGCGAAUUGAUCCACAUUGGAUGGAGUAUUAUAGACGCGGCAUUCAUCCAUCACAAUUCCCGCUUUAUGCAAAUCCAGCUAUAUCACAAAUGGAACGGGAACGCCUGGGCAUACCGCCGCCGCAUCACGUUGGCCUCGAUCCGGGCGAGCACAUGAUACGAUUGACGAGAGAAUAUCAUGCACACUCUCAUACUCAUUUACAUUUGCCUUUGCAUCCACAGCCGCAACCACCGGAAGCCGGUUUCCAACUGCCACCGAAUGUUGGCCAAUAUCCACGCCCAAAUAUGCUUAUACCUAGAGAACCACACUCGGAUGUCCUGCUGCGUAUGUCCUAUGCAGACCAACUACAGUAUUUACAGGCCGCCGAAUUUCAACGCCAAUCACUGCACGAUCAAUAUUUUAGGAAUCAAUUGCGUUAAUUUGAUGGUAACCACAAACCGACACAUAAUCUAAAGGAGAAUCGAAACGCACAUCAGAGAGACCAGACCAAGGCAAAAUCAAAAUCAAAAGAGAAAAUCAACUAGAAAAAACAUCAAACAAACAAACAAACAAACAAACAAAUAACAAAAAAGAAGCAAGAAAACAUGAUGGUCGCAAUAUUUUAAGUAUCCUCUUUAUAGUGUAUAGUGUUAAAUUCUACAAAACAAAAAACAAAAACAAAAAACCAACAACAAAAAGCAAAAGCAAAGAGUGUUAAAUAUCGUUUUUUAAGCAACUUACAAAAAGAGAUAUGAUAAUGAUGAUGAUGAUGAUGAUGAUGAUGAUGAUGAUAAUUUAUAUAAGGCAAUGCAGAACAAAACUUAGCACACAAAUUUUUAUUGAUGAGGUUUUCAAGCAUAGAUCAAGAUUGAAAAAAUUGAAUAAUUGAGCUGCUCUACAAAUCAAAUAAUUUCGACAUGAAAAUGUAAAACCAAAUUGAAUCAACACACACAAACACACAGAGAGAUUGAGAGAAAGGACACACACAUCUAAUUAGCUGUUGCUGCAGGAAGUGGCAUAUAGAUAUAGAAAGAGAGAGACAGAGAGACACAGUGGGUGAGUGACAGAGAUAGCAAUGCCAGUAUAUAUGUAUAAUAUAUAUAUUCGAGUGUAUUGUAAAUGA